UUCACCUCCUCCUGUCUUAGUUCUUGAACUCAAGCUUCCUUCACUGUCCUUGAUCUUCAAUAUUCCUGUAUAUAUAAAAAUGCAGAAAGCUAUGUUGAAACUGGAUAUGCAUGAUAAGAAAACCAAGAAAAAGGCUAUGAAGACAGUCUCUGGUUUCUCAGGGGUGGAUUCAAUAUCCAUGGACUGGAACGACAAGAAAUUGACAGUAACAGGCGACAUCGACCCAGUAAACAUAGUGAACAAAUUGAGAAAGUUUUGUCACGUAGAGAUAGUUUCUGUAGGAGAAGCAAAAGAGCCUGAAAAGAAAAAAGAAGAGCCAGAGAAACAACAAGAUGAGAAGAAAGAUGAAGAUCAAAACGUGGAUGAGUUGGCGAGGGCUUACAGGGCCUAUUAUCCUCACGCGACCAUGUAUUACCAUGUUUCAAGUGUUGAGGAUGGUACUAAUGCUUGUGUCAUUUCUUAAUUUUUAUUUUAAUUAGAUGUUAAAAGAAAUUAUUUCUUAAAAUAUAAAAUUUCAAUUUCAUAAA